CGUUGUCCGACAUCUUUCUUUAACCAAAAUACUCAUUUAUAUGUUGUGAAUUUUGAAAACAAAAGACUGGAACAAGUAUCCGUGUGUUUUAAGUGCUAGUUGUCAAGUUUUAUCAAUAAAAUGAGUCCAGAGCGAGAGUCUGAAGCAUCAGAAGACAUGUUGGAGUCGAUUGACGAGUUAAAAGAACGUCUUUCCUCAAUGAAGCGUAUGAUGGAAGAAAGGAAAGCGGCAGGAUCAGGCACCAAGGACCUGUUCCAGGGUCAGGCCAGAAGUCUCCAAGGCACCACCAUGAUCGAUGGCAACUUCUUAAGUUUUGUCUUCGGUGGAUCUUUGAUAGUUAUUUUAAGUGUAUCUGUGUAUGCUUUCUAUAAUCUGUAUCAUGCUGUACUAAAGAAAUUCCCUUCUACACACACGGAAUUGUAAAAUGGACUUACUUCUGAGUGCAGUAUGAUUGAAAUUUGUAUGGGAUAUGAACGAUAUUACAAAUAAUAUGCUUGGUCGGAGCUUCAUCUUUUAAUAAAGUAAGAUUUU